AGGUGACAAAUACAGAAAACGUUUUGACGACGGUUUUGCAGACGCCACCAGCCCGGACCGGAUGGAGUACGUGAUAUACCCAUUCGACGUACAUCCUUACUCGGCCUUCUAUGAGGUCGUCACCCUGUCCGUAGAGGGCGCCGCUCUGUUGGCGCUGUUGAUAUUGCUCGAGUACUAUAUAGCAAAGAUUGAUCAGGCGUUCAGCGCGCUGGAACCGGAGGUCUACGCUGAAGAUUUUGUACCCUUCUCGUUGAAGCCGGCCACGCUGCCGCACAUCGCCCCACCGAAGAGUGCGAAGUCCUUCAAGGAUGCGGACCAGGACGUUGUGGAGGAAGAGCGCUUGGUGGCCGCCUUGGUCAAGGAACGGGCGCGAGGCGGUGACACAAAACUGGCGGCAGCCGGCUUACCGGACAAACAGGCUCCGGUCGCCGACGAGAGACCGGUGCCGUCCGACGGGCCGGCGCCACUGAUUCGCACAAGAUCACCGACGGCCAGCUUAGCCAACACGCAGGUGCCAGUCGCUGACAAAAGGGCAGCGGCGGCAGCCGGCUUAGCCAAAGCGCAAGCGCCAGUCGCCGACACAAAGCGAAUGUUAAUUGUGCAGCGCCUGCACAAGACGUACGGGUACCUCGAACCCAAUCCGGUGCUGCAGGGCCUCAGCUUCACGGUGGCCCCAGGCGAAUGUUUUGGUCUGCUUGGCGUCAACGGCGUGGGCAAGACCACGACGUUCCGCAUCCUCACCGGCGACAUUUUGCCGCACUAUGGCGAUGCCUAUAUCGGCCCUUUGUCACUCGUCCACAACAUGAGAGAGUUUCAACGGUACAUUGGCUACUGCCCCCAGAAGGACGGCCUACUGGACAUGCUGACGGGUGUGGAGACCCUGGUGCUCUUUGCGCGUCUAAAGGGCGUUCAGCUCACGCAGCAGUACCUGGACACGUUGCUGGACAUCUUCCGCCUGGAGGAGACCGCCAACCAGCUGGUCAGCACAAUGAGUGGCGGUAACCGUCGCAAGCUGUCGCUGUGUGUCUCCAUGAUCGGCAUGCCACCUCUGCUGCUUCUCGACGAGCCUUACGCGGGGGUGGGCGCCACGGCCCGCCGGCGGAUUGUCAGCUGCAUGGUCGAGCUGCAGCGUCUUGCCAAGAUCUCCAUCGUUCUCAGCUCGCAUAACCUGUCUGACGUGGAGUUUCUGUGCAACCGGAUCGCCAUUCUGGGCGAGGGCAAGUUGCAGUGCCUGGGAUCGCUGUCUCACCUCAAGGAGAAGUUCGGCAAAGGCUACACCAUCUUGGUGAAGACGUUACCGGACCGGAAGCAGGACUUGGUCUACCAGCGGGACGUCAGCAAAGCAGUCACUAAGGCCUUCUCUCAAGCGGAGCUGGUGUACACGUACGAGGGCGUACUGGAGUUCCGCAUGUCCCGUGUGGAAAUUCCUUGGAGCGAGAUGUUCGCCCGCAUGGCGCGCAUCAAGAAGCGUUUCAAGCUCCAGGACUUCUACAUCUCGGACACAUCACUGGAGCAACUCUUCCUCAGCGUGAUUCGCAAGGAGGCCAGUGAGGCGGCUGCCGCAGCAGCCGCCGCACAACAGCAGCAAGCUCCAGUGGUGGGACACACCAUGGCCGCGACGUUGGGCAUCUAGCGCGCUAAUCGUAGUGCGUAAUUCGCACCGCUAAUAAAU